UUUGAUCAGGCAUCAGCACUACCUUCAUUUUCACGGAUCAGGUGGGGACUCAGACUAAGUACUAUAUUGAUUAUAACUAUGCUACCAUGUUUGAGGUAUGUAUUAUCAGUAUCCGCUCGUAAUGGUCGCCGGUCCAUUCUGUGUUCUAGUGGCCCUAAUAUGCCCAUUAGAGUGUGCACAUGUUGUCCGGUAUUAGUUUGUGCCGACAGAUGUUCAGUUAUCAGUCAGGUGAUUUAUAUCACGAGAUCAGUAUCAGAUUAUUCAGUACCGGUAUCAAUGCUGCCCCGUAGCCAACCAGAUCACCCAGUUCUUCCCCAAGCCACAGUAGUCGCACAAUUCCGCGACUAUCAUGCUGAGAAAUUCUCCGGGCAGGGAGACCCUCAUAACGUAGACGAGUGGAUUCAGGGCCUUGAGUUGAUCUUCGAGGUCAGGGAUUGUCCAGACAUAUAUCGUGUUAUUUGCGCUCAGCUUCAGCUAACCGGCGAUGCCCGUCUCUGGUGGAAUGCCUACUGGAGCAUGCGUCCCGGCGAGAAGGAGGGAUGUACAUGGGAUAGGCUCAAGGAGCUGAUCCGCGAGAAGUACUACCCCACCUAUUACAGAGCAGAGAUGGAGCGGCAGUUCCUGUCGCUCAAACAGGGUACUCGUUCUGUUGACGAGUACGAGAGAGAGUUUACCAGACUUGCAGCUUUUGUUCCGGACCUGGUUCGUACGGAGGCACAGAGGGCACAACGCUUUAUUGAUGGGCUUUACCCAGCAGUCCGUCACAACAUUGUAGGUCACGGGACCCAGACGUAUGCUCGUGCCGUUUCCAUUACCCAGGGGGUAGACGCCAGCAUCAGGAGGGAGGCCAUCCGUGAUCGUCCUCAGCCAUCCGCCCCUGCCCA